UGUAUCUGCGAUCCCUCCGCACUUUCGGUGGUUUCGUCUCCCUCUCCUUCAAGAAGUCUGAGAUAAUUGAACGGGCAAGAUCACACGUGCACACACUCAGAACUAUACAACUAGACCAACUAUACUCUCAUACACACCAUCAUGGGCUCCUACAACCCCCUUCCUGACUCCCCACCGGUGUCACCACCGAAUGGCUUCCAGGGCGCAGCCGGUUUCUCGAGGCCUCUGUUCCCAGCAAAGCCCAACAUCCUCUUCGUCAUGGCUGAUCAGCUGGCCGCGCCUCUGUUGAAGAUGCACAAUCCCAAAUCCCAGAUCAAGACGCCCAACCUCGACAAGUUGGCUGAACAGUCCGUCGUCUUCGACUCUGCCUACUGCAACUCUCCGCUGUGCGCACCCUCUCGCAUGUGCCUCAUCAGCGGCCAGCUACCCUCAAAGAUUGGCUCAUACGAUAACGCUUCCUCUAUUCCCUCUGAUACUCCUACCUAUGCCCACUACCUGCGUGCCGCGGGCUACGAGACCACAUUGGCAGGCAAGAUGCAUUUCAUAGGGGAUCAGCUGCACGGAUAUGAGAACAGGUUGACCGCAGACAUUUAUCCGGGUGACUAUGGCUGGGCUGUAAACUGGGAAGACCCAGAUCGUCGCUUGGAAUGGUACCACAACAGUAGUUCUAUUCUACAAGCCGGUCCUUGUGUGAGAACCAAUCAACUCGACUACGAUGAGGAGGUUCUCUACAAGUCCAAGCAGUACCUCUUCGACUAUGCCCGGGAUGCACCUGGCAAGCGACCGUUCGCUUUGACAGUGUCAUUCACACAUCCCCAUGAUCCUUACGCUAUUGAGGACAAGUACUGGGACAUGUAUGAAGGUGUCGACAUCGAGCUGCCCAGCGUGACUUUGAGAGAGGACGAGCAAGACCCUCACAGCAGACGCCUGAUGCAUGUCUGUGAGCUGGAAGGCCAUGAGUUUACGGAUGAGCAAAUCAAACGUGCUCGACGAGCCUAUUACGGUGCGGUGAGCUAUGUUGAUGACUGCAUUGGUCAAUUGCUCGAGGUUUUGAAGAAAUGCGGCCUGGAUGAGAACACAGUGGUUAUGUUUUCUGGUGACCACGGUGACAUGCUGGGUGAACGUGGUCUCUGGUACAAGAUGUCGUACUUUGAGAACUCUGUUCGGGUGCCCAUGCUCAUCUCCAACCCUGGUCAAUUCACACCUCAUCAUGUUUCUCAAAAUGUUUCGACUUUGGAUCUCAUGCCUACGCUGGUCGACCUGAUUGGCGCGAAACUGGUUCCAGGAUUACCGAUGGAUGGUUUGUCAUUGUUGCCUCAUUUGUAUGGUGGCGAUGGUGGCCACGACACGGUAUUUGCCGAAUACAUGGGAGAAGGGACCGUGGCACCCUUGAUGAUGAUCCGAAGAGGCGCCUGGAAAUACAUCACAUGCCCAGUUGAUCCUCCCCAAUUGUACAAUCUACGCACGGACCCCAAAGAACUCGUCAAUCUUGCCACCAGCCAAGACCCGGAAACGCAGGCCGUCUUCAAAGCCUUUGAGAAGGAAGCCAACGCCAAAUGGGACUUUGACAGUAUCACCGAAGAUGUUCUACGAACCCAGCGUCAACGCAGACUUGUCUGGUCUGCUUUGAGUCAAGGUCGUUUUGAGAGUUGGGACUGGAAGGGCCAUGAAGAUGGCCGGACCAAGUACAUCCGCUCUCAAACGCCGCUGGACGAAUUGGAGCGCCGGGCUCGUUACCCCAUGGUCAGCAACAUCCCGACCCAAGUUGGCAUCAACAAGAAGAACGAAGUCGUUGUUCAUCAGCCUAAGCGACUGGCUGAAAUUGCCAGCGAAGCAGUCCAUUACAGGUGAUUGGAUUCCAUCGCGUGGUCAACUCUACGAUUUUCCUUGCUUUGGUCUUUGGAUGAAAUGAUGAGACGUGAUUGUACUUGGGAAUAUUUGUUGUAAAUCUACAAGCGAGGCGUUUAGGGAGUCGGAAUAUCACUGCCAUGUUACUUCUUGACAUAGGUGCAUUGGGUUCGCAUGGGGUGGUCGCUCAGCAUUUAUACCUCGGGAAAGCAAAGUCUUUCAAAAGCAUACUGGCGUCGAUUCACGUUUAGCGCAGCAUCUGUUGAUGGACUUGUUGGAACAACGAUGGGUGCAAUUGCUUGGAGGCCAUCUAACUUAGCUAAAGUACGUACUUGUCAUACCACAUAAAGAAAAUGAAGAAA